AUCAAAUGGUGUUUUUAUGUUUGUUAGAUAAUAUAUUUAUUUAUAGUUUUGGUUGCAAAUGCAAUGCUCAUCGAUAAAAUGUAACAAACAUAACAAGACACAGAUGCUAUUUAUUUGGUAACCAUGGCCACCAAAUUGUUCAAUGGGGCCCCCUUCGGAACUCAAACUGCCCGGUUCGACAUUUCUGCAGUUCACCCACAAAGUAAAGUACCAGGAACGUUUACACAAGUCCCUUAUUGUAAGAAGUCUACUAACGAACUGAAAAGGCGACUCGGCCCUGGCACUUACAGAGUAGAUGUUGGAAGUUUCAAUGAAGCAGAGGUGUUAGCGAGGGCACAGGGGCCCGGGUGGAAAAGAGCUUACGAGACUAUGCGCCUCGGUAAAAUACCUCAUUUGCUGUACAGAGAGCAAUGGGAAAAGAAAAAUGAGUUGAAAAAAAAACUUGGCCCUGGUACGUAUAACACGGAAAGAGCUGAUUUCAUUUUAGCCCUUAAUCAGAAGCCAUCAAGCUCGAGAGGCGUUUGUGCAACUCGCGAACAAAGAUUUCGAGAAAAUCAUGAUAGCGGUGUUCCCGGACCGGGAACUUACGGAAAAGGUGGGAUUCCGGCGGCCUUGAAAGAAGAACGAUCAAGAAAGUCGGCGAGUACAACAGGACUACUCGAUGCGGGUUCAUCAACGCCACGAAAUCUCCCAAUUCAAGGCUGUGAAUUGGCUCCAGGGCGAUACGAAAAGCUCAGUUUUACCGAUGAAAUUCUCAACAAAGUUGUGAGCAAACGUGGUCCUUAUGAUUUAUUUACAGGAGAAAGAAAUAAAGCUAAUAAAACAGGACACUACGCAACUGUUUCUCUCGGAAAUUUAGGACCAGGAGAAUAUAAUUUGCCCUCGUUUCUUGAUCGAUGGAACGAUGAGCAUCGCCGAAAACAUGGAAAACUCGGAAAAGUUAGACAGUAUCCUGAUGUACCCACAGAGAGAAUCUACUGCUGCACACUUUCCCAAUGUCCAAAAUCUGCUGAUUUUCCAGCAGCAAAUUCUUAUACACCACGUACGCCAUCAUCCAGAGGAGGGAAAAAUUUACCACCAUACCUUUCUUCCGCUGAAAGAUUCGACAAGCGCGCUGAGAAAUUUUUCACUGGAAACAUGAAUCAAGUUGGUGCCGGAAGGUACGACACCGAAAAAUGGAGCUCGGCGCAACACAAAUACAGCUGCGUUCAUGUGUUUAGCUCCACAUUCCCUCGAUUUAACACCCAAGAGCGGAACAGUUAUUUGAAAGAAAGAGUACGUGGAAAAGAUCUUAGAACGAAUGAUCGUGUAUUUAUUGUGUAAAUUUUAAACCCUUUAUUUGCUGAAUUGUAUUCGGCGGCUUAGAAAGCCAUUUGUAUUAUGAGCAAAUACUAGACACAGCCAUACGCUUGAUGAGAUUAAUUCUUCAUGCACUUCAAACAAUACUAUUUAAUUCAAAUAAAUCUACGAACAUUGCCACUUUAA